CAAUCCAAUGGAGAUUUCAUCAACGAAAUGGGUGUCUGAAUGGGAAAUGGAAGAUGCUCCUUACUUUAUGGAUGAAUUCCAGGUGAACCCUUUUGAAUUUUCGUUUGAUGAGAUGAAAUUUGAGGAGAAUGGGCGGAGUGACUUUUAUGGGUCGACGGAUCUGCCGUCGGCGGUGAAGGUGGAGGGGAAGGGCGCAACAUCUCAAGGGUUUGCUCCCAAGGCUGAUUCUUCCUCGUCCUCGUCCCAUAUAAUUAGCUUUGACAAAUUGAACUGCAAAGCUGGGAAAGGAUGUGAUGUGAAGGGCAGUGUUGAGCCUAAGAUUGAGAUGGCUUAUGAGUCCGAUGGGAAUUUAAAUUUCUCGACUUUGAUUACUGAGAGUUGGAAUAAUGAGUACAGUCGACAGGGAGCUAAGAAGGCGGCUGGUUCUGUUAAUAGAAAUCCUUUUCAUGCUCGAGAACAUGUUUUGGCUGAGCGAAAACGAAGAGAGAAGCUUAGCCAACGCUUCAUUGCUCUUUCAGCUCUCAUUCCUGGCCUCAACAAGAUAGACAAAGCUUCAAUCUUGGGCGGAGCCGUAAGAUAUGUAAAAGAGCUUCAAGAGCGUUUGAAAGUGGUGGAGGAACAGGCAGCAAUAUCCAAAGUGUCGGAGGAGCAAUCCACCGUGUAUGUGAAAAGAAGGAGCCCAGCUUCCUCCUCGGACGACGACGACACGAUAUCAUCGGAGGAGAACAGCUUUUCGGGGCGACCCGUUCCCGAAAUAGAAGCAAGGGUUUCAAACAAGGAUGUUCUUAUCAGAAUCCACUGCCACAAACGCAAAGGUUGUCUCUCCUAUUUGCUGGGAAAAAUUGAGAAUCUUAAUCUCACAAUACUCAACAGUAGUGCCUUGCCAUUCGCCCACUCUAAGCUCGACAUCACCAUUGUGGCUCAGGUAGAUGAUGGUUUUUGUAUGAAAGUGGAGGAUGUUGUGAAGAAUCUAAGACAAGCUUUGCUGGAUUUCAACUAAAACUUUACAAAAAGACAAACUUUGUUUGUUGUUUUUAAGAUUGACUUUUCUUUUUCCUUCCCU